AUGUUUUCCAAAAUUGCUGUGGCUCUGGCCGCUGUUUCGCUCGUGUCUGCUCAGACCUCGACUGAGUGCAACCCGCUCAAGACUACUUGCAAGCCCGAUCCUGCUUUUGGCAAAAACGGCGCCAACUGCGACUUCACCGCCGGCGCCUGCGAUGGCUUCCACACCAUGGCCGGCAAGGCCGUGACCUACGACUCGCGCGGCGCCAUUGUCGCCAUGGACGCCCCCGGCCAGGCCCCUACGCUGCGUUCCGACAACUAUCUCUUCUUUGGCCGCGUCGACGUGGAGAUGCAGGCCGCUCCCGGCAAGGGCAUCGUGACCUCGCUCGUGCUGCUGUCCGACGACCUCGACGAGAUUGACUUUGAGACUGUCGGCUUCGACAACAAGCAGAUUCAGUCCAACUACUUCUCCAAGGGCGACGACUCCGUCUUUGACCGUGGCGGCAACCACGCCGUUGACAACCCGCUCGGCGCCAUCCACAAGUACACUUUCGAGUGGACUCCCGAGAAGAUUGACUGGAUCAUCAACGGCGCUGUCGUGCGCACCCUCACCCGCGCCGCUGUCGGCGAGGCCUUCCCCCAGAGCCCCAUGCAGGUCAAGCUCGGCGCCUGGGUCGCCGGCUACGAGGGCGGCCGCCCGGGUACCAUUGAGUGGAGCGGCGGCAUCGCCGACUUCUCCAACGGACCUGCCACCGCCAUUUACAAGAGCGUCAAGGUUGUCGACUACGCCGGUGGCAGCAGCGCUACCGACAAGGAUGUCAAGGAAUACGUCUACGGUGACCAUUCGGGCAGCGCCAAGAGCAUCAAGAUCAACCUCAAGGACGGCAGCAGCAGCACUCCCGACGCCAGCGCUCCUGCCUCUUCGACCACCGCCGCCUCGUCUGCCUCAUCUGCCUCUACUUCGUCCGCUUCCGCUUCCGCUUCCGCUUCCGCUCCCGCUUCCAGCUCCCAGAAGAGCUCUGUCACUUCGGCCAAGUCCAUCACCACUUCGGCUGCGCCCAGCAUCAUCACCACCGAGGCCCUGCCCACCAAGAACUCGACCAGCACCGUGAUUGCGGCCACCAGCUCGGCCGUCAACGGCACCAACGCUACCACCACCCUGACCACGGCGACCGGCUCGCGCACCUCGGCCAGCUCCACCCCAACCCCGCCUCCCACCAGCGGUGCUUCCGGUUCUGGUGCCAUGCUCGGUGCUGCUGUCCUCCUCCUCGCUGCCCUUGCCAUCUAA